CCCUCCCUUUCCUGCCGGCCUCUCGGCGGAGGAUGUGUCCAGGAGAGAGAGUGUAUGUGAGGGGAAAGAGGGAUCACUAGAAUGGAUCUGUGCCCUCUCUCCUCCACCCUUUCUUCUCCUUCUCCUUCUCCUUCUUCCUCACCUCCGGCUCACCUCUCCUCACCCUCCUCUCCUCUGGACUCCCUCAGCAGUGUCGGCGUCUCGGGGAACAGGAGUCUCAGGACGAGCGGCCGAAUCCUGAACUUCAAUGUCAGCUGUGGAUCAGAAGAAUGGUGGUGACAAACCAGAAGGUCCAGUUUCGGCGGUGGAGGUUUGGCCGGAGGUGGAGCGAGCCGAGUGUCUGGCCCGAGGCGCCGCCCUGAAGUGGGCGUCGGGUGUUUUCUGUCGACCCGAACAUCUGGAGAGGCUGAGCCAGUACCGGAAGAGAGAGAGCCAGAGGACGACGUCGAUCCACACCAGACUGAAGUCCAUGGUCCAGUCCUACCUGGAGGGGGUCGGCUGGGGUCUGGAGCAGCUCCGGGAGGCUCGGUCCGAACUCAACCAGGUCUCUCAGGCCUUGAAGAAAGCAGGACUGGAGUCAGACCAGAACUUAGAGGGAGUGAAAUCUCUGGAGAGGCUGAGGGAAGUUUCAGUCCAGCACCGACAGCUGGUGGCCGCCGUCAGCAACCUGCCCAGACUUUACUCAGUCCGUAGCCUGGUUCUGGAGACGGAGCGUCUGGUGGAGUCCCGGCGGCUGCUGGAGGCCCACGCCCGCCUCAUGGACCUGGAGCACUGGCAGGACGACAUCCUGUGGCAGCUUCACGGCGCCGCCGCCUCCACUGGAAGCAAACUGAGUCCAGAAGAUCAGCAGCUGGUCGACAAAUACUUCUCUGGAGUCGGACAGCUGGUGGACGCUCUGGCCAAGGAGCUGUGGGCCGUGGUCAGCAGCUCUCUGGCUUUAGCCCGUCAGAACCCGACGCCGUUCGUCUCGGCCGUCAGGAUCGUGGAGCGAGAAGAAGCUCUGGACCGAGUUCUGCUGGAGGAGAGAUCAGGAACCAACGGACGGCAGCUGCCUCCUGGACGACCUCGAUGCUGGAGGGCCAGUUUCUUCCAGGUCUUGGAGGAGGCGGUGUCGGCUCGGUUCCGGAGCGUCUCCUACCUUCACACCAGAGGUCCAGGUCUGGCCGGUCACCUGUCGGCGCUGCAGCACGGCAUCAUGGCCGACCUGGCCACGGUGCGCCACCUGCUGGAGCACUGUGUUCCUCCACAUUAUCACCUGACCGGAGCCUACCUGAGGGCCAGUCACCGCUGUCUGCACACACACCUGGCUCAGGUGAGCAGCUGGGAUCUGGAAAGUGGAGAAAUCUUUGCUGUUCUUAACUGGGUGCUGCACAUUUACAACAGCCCGGACAUGAUGGGUCACCCGGAGCUGGUGGCUGAGAUGGAGAGAGAAGAUCUGGGACCUUUAAUCUCCAGCGAAGGACUCGAGCUGCUGCAGAACAAAUACGUCCAGAGCGUUCGGAAAAGUGUGUCUGAAUGGAUGCAUAAAGCUCUGCAGGUGGAGCUGCAGGACUGGCAGCGAGAUCAGGAGCCGGAUACCGACCACGAAGGUUUCUACCAAACCAGCCUGCCGACCAUCAUCACACAGAUGCUGGAGGAGAACGCCCGAGUGGCCCUGAUGAUCGGAACGUCUCUGAGAGAUCAGACGAUCCAGAUGGGUCUGUACGAGAUGGAAAACCUCCUGAACAGGUUUCGGGAAGCUCUGGUGGAGUUUGGGAAGGAGCAUCGCAGGGAUCCAAACAACAGCAAAAGCAAGUUCUACCUCCACUAUCUGCUGGCCUCCAUCAGUAACUGCAUCAUCCUCAAAAAGUCCACAGAGAGCCUCCAGCAGCAGCAGUCGUCCCGGUCGGCCGGUCGGUUCUCCAGAACUCCUCCCAACCCCCUGGCGGCUCUGGACCGGGCGGUUCGUCGGGCCUGUCGCCUGGUCAUGGAUCAGCUGCUGCUGAACCUCCAGCCCUUCCUGCCCGGCCUGCUGACCCGACCCUGGCUGGUCCAGGGAGACCCGACACCCAAACUCUGCCGGGUUCUGGAGCAUCACCUGGAGCUGUACGGGAGAGUCCGACCGCCGUGUCGACAGCGUCUGCAGGAAGAAGCUCAGUGGCUCACGGUGGUUGAAUACGUUCGAGCUCUGAUGCAGAAAAAGUUUGUGUGUCGCAGCACCGACGAGAGGAAACAGCUGGCUCAGCAGAUGUUGCAGGACGAGCAGCUGUUCAGAGAAAUCUUCCACAGUCUGGAAGCUGAAGGUUCGAUUCCUGAGGUGAAUCCUUUAGCUUUACUUCCUGUCAUCGCCGACUUCAUCCGACUCAAAGACCCAAACAUGUUGACGCUGGAAGUAUCGGGACUGGCAGCGAAAUAUCCUGAUAUCAGUGAGGAACACGUCUCCGUCCUGCUGGACGUCCGUGGAGACGUCUCCAGAGACGUCCGAGGUUCAGUCCUGGACCUCCUGGAGCAGAGCGCCCCCCCUCUGCCGGCCGGGUACCGACCCAUCUUCAGCGACAUCCUGGUUCCUCCGUCCAGCAUGGCCUUCUGCCUGCCCACCGCCAAGUGUGCUUAGAGCCAGUUUACUGUAGAUACCAGGCUUCCUGCUCAGGUUAUUGAUCCGGCGAUCAAUACAUUUAUUGACUGAUCUCUGCUCACCAGGGAUCAGUGACUUGCUGGUUCAGGUCUGAGCUUCUUUAAAUUAUUUUUUUCUCUCUGUCUCAACAGAUUUAAACACCGAGAAAAACAGAAAUUCAUCACAUCUGUAAAAAGUAAAGUGAUUUUAUUUAACCCUUGAAACCCCAAAAAGUAAAAUUUUUGUCACAUUCUCAAUAAUUUGUGAUAUUUAAACCCUUCUAGAGCUUCUAAAAUUAUUAACCUCUCACCUCAAAGUGAAUCUCACACAUUUUGGGUUUAUAUCUUUUUUGUGUUUUAUCUUCCAGCUUUUCUGAGGCCUUUAAACACUCUUUUAACCAUCUGAGUGAAAAAUUAAAUACAUUUCCAAACAGAUCAACAGAUUACAAAAGAUAACAUCAGAAAUUAGCACAUUUUCCUGUCAAUUUUGUCAUUUCUUGCUUCACAAGAUUCAAAAAUCCAACCCUCUGAAGUCCAAGCAGCAGUUUCUGGGUGUUUUUGUCUCAUUUUUCUUCGCUGUAGGUUCAUUUUUCACUGCAUUAUAAAGUCCUGCAGCUCUAUGGAAACACAAUGAACUCAGAAAUGUGGUUUUUGGAGCAUGAAAAAAGUGAGAAUGACAUUUAAAAACACUAAAAUAUUGAAUUUAUUUGAUUAUUAUUAUGUUAUUAGAAAAAAAGAGGGCUCCACAUGCUAUAGAUAUUCAACUAUUUACAUUUUUACAGCUUCUACAAACUCUAGAAAGAUGUUUCUCCAUGCUGAAUGUAUCUCCAACAACUGGCUUCUCUGUUCACUGUUUCUGAGCCGAGCUGCAACCUGAAAACUCUCAGAAUUUUUGUCACAAGAUUGUUGGUCACAGCUGAGUCAUUGUUGGCUUCUCAGUUGCAUCAGGAGGAGGAGAAUUUUGUAUUUUUUACAGAAUCUAAUUCGUGCUAAUGGUUAAUUUUUGGCGAAUUUUUGAAUGAGAACAUGUAGAAUAAAGUGAUUUUAAUGGAAUAGAUUUAGUUGUUUUCCCAGAUGGAAUAGUUCAUCACACAUGAAAUCUUUUUUUUUUUUU